AAUAGGAGCGGGGAGAGAGGCUGUGAGGGGGCGGAGAGAUCUGCGAGGGGCAAGAGGAGGGUAAUGCGGCUGUGUGAGAGAGGCUGGAGGAGACUGAGUGGGGUGAGGGGAAUUGCUCCGUAGGGGACCCCCUGGAAAGCCAUCCUGCGGCAGAGCUCAGAUGCCUCUACUGCUGUGAACUGGAAGAGCAUUCAUUAGGUAUGGAGAACCUGAUGGCUGGCUCAUCUCUGCCUCCAUUAUUUGCAGAUGAUGAUGGUUCAAAAGAGAGCAGUGAUAUGGCUACAACUGGGUUAGCCCACUCUGAGGGAUCAUAUGGUGAAGGAGCUUCACAGUCUGUGAACAACCCAGAUUUUGUGGAGGACAUGUCACAAGUUCAGUUGCUGCAAAAUGAGUCUUCUAAUACAGCUGAAAGCAGCGAGCAGAGACUCGAGGAAGAGCAAAGAACUAAACGAGGAGGCUGGUCCAAAGGGAGAAAACGGAAGAAACCCCUUAGAGACAGCAAUGCCCCAAAAUCCCCCCUUACAGGGUAUGUGCGAUUCAUGAAUGAGCGUAGGGAGCAGCUUCGAGCGAAGAUGCCUGAAGUCCCUUUUCCAGAGAUCACCAGGAUGCUAGGCAAUGAGUGGAGUAAGCUGCCUCCUGAGGAGAAACGGCGCUACCUUGAUGAAGCGGAUAGAGAUAAGGAACGUUACAUGAGGGAACUGGAGCAGUACCAGAAGACAGAAGCCUACAAAGUCUUUAGCAGGAAAGCACAGGACAGGCAGAAAGGCAAAUCACACCGGCAAGAUGGAGCACGACAGACUGUCCAUGACCAUGAGAAAGAAGCAGACACAAAGGAGAGAUCUGUUUUUGAUAUCCCCAUCUUCACAGAACAGUUCCUGAAUCACAGCAAAGCACGGGAAGCAGAGCUGCGCCAGCUGCGUAAAUCCAACAUGGAGUUUGAGGAGAGGAAUGCUGCGCUGCAGAAACAUGUGGAGAGUAUGCGCACUGCUGUGGAGAAGCUGGAGGUGGAUGUGAUUCAGGAGCGCAGCCGGAACACAGUGCUGCAGCAGCAUCUGGAGACUUUACGACAAGCACUCACCAGCAGCUUUUCCGGAGUCCCACUACCAGGCAGUGGGGAGACUCCAACAAUGGAUACCAUUGAUUCAUACAUGAACAGACUGCACAGUAUUAUUCUGGCUAACCCACAGGAGAAUGAGAAUCUCAUAGCCACAGUCCGAGAGGUUGUAAGCCGGCUUGAUCGCUAGUGACUUGGGGCUCCUGGGCCAGGAGUGUCUUUAAAAAGUGAUUCAGUCAGUGAGGAAUGAGAAGCCAUGGUGGAAACAGAGUGAUGGUGAGAGGCAGGACUUCAGGAUCAGUCCUGGUCCCUGCCUAUGUAGCUUGCCUAUGAGACAAACUGUUCAAUGAAUUGAAAGCUCCUGUGAAGCCACAGGCACCACCAACUAUACAUUUGAACUGUCCUUCAUGUAAAGCUUUCAAAGCAUGUGACUACCAUGCAGUCAUCAGUUUUCCAUCAUUUCAGUUGGGUGGAGGGAAAUCCAACACACUGUGGACUGGACAACACUGGAAGUGAAUCUACUUCCAGUCUGUGUAGUUGGGGCAGCCUUUAUUUUGUGGUAAUGGAGCUUUGAAAUGUUAUGUUGCUUUCUAUCUCUUCAUAUCCUUUCUGUGGGGGUUCAUUAACCCUUUUGUCCUUUUCCUGUUGGCUGAUGUUUGCUGCGCUGUAUAGCAACAUCUGAAUUCUUUGCUAUGACAGUCAUAGGCUUCUUUACUGCACCAUCCUGCCCUACCUGUUGUGUCUUCAAUUCAAGCUUCUCUUUUUUGUGCUCGGCUCAUCUCGUACAUGAGGAUCCUUCCUGCUGGUAUAGGCUGUACCUGGUGCUUCAGGACUUAGCUGCACUGAAGGAAUUGUUCUCUUUUCCCCCCUCCCACCUACUCUUUCCAAGCAUCUCUGCUGCACGUAUGCAGUGUUCUGCUUCUCAGCAAGGCACUGCUGUUCCUUUCUAUUGAAAAGGUCUGGUGCAGCAUUUUACUGCUGAAAAGGUCAGUAGUAAUCAAGAGAGAAAGUGAAAGGCUGGCUCCUCUCAGCCAGUAGGAAAAGUGCAAAACUUUAUUUUAGAUAAAGUAAAACACGUCUCUUUUCUGUCCCUUGAUAUGUUGCUUUAUCUAAUAUGGUGUAUACUGCAGCCUACUUGAACAAAUAAUAUUAUGUUCCAAGCCGUUUCUCCAGCACAAAGGGAAGCGGACAGGGGAGUUACAUUUCCCUUUGUCCAUCUGCUAAUAAACUGUUUUUAUAAAAGGGGCCUGCAAUGAAGGGUAAUCACAGAGAGCAGCUUUUUAGUAGAGAUGAUCAAAUUGUGGCACAUAAAAUUCUGCAGUGCAACCAAUGGCUACCCUCCUCUUUAUACAAUAGAUGUGGCCUUUCACUCAUGGCUAGUGUGUUUUUGCAUGCUGAAAUCUGUAGUUUCUCUGAGUUGCACCUUACCUCCUUGUCAAAAAUGAAGACAUCUACUGUCUGCACCCUCUUCAGCAAAUUAUUUGCAGCCCUUGGGCUCCUGUCCAAUUAUUAGUUUAGGCUUCUGCUGAGCACUUCUUGAAUACCCUUAGGGUUUAUUAUGAUGGUUCAGCCAUGCUCUCUGGUCCACAUGCCACCUUCCCACUCCUCCUUCAGAAAAUCUUGACACUUUUCCCAUUAUGAACUGGGCAUUCUUUUAUUACCUUGCUGGUUCAAGAAAGAACAGUUUCAUGGAUCUGCAGUGUAAGCAUCUGCCCAAUUUUUUACUUGAAGAUAAAAAAGUACUUCCUUUUUUACUCUUUAGUGCACACUGCACAGAUUUCACACUUGCUUGAAGCCACUUCCAAGUCAAAGCCCUCUAUGACAGGGGCUCACACCUUGCCUUGCAGCUGCUACCUUCACUGCAGCCAAACAGCAAAAAUUUGCUUGUAAACUCAAGUCUUCCUUCAGGGAGGGACUAAUUUUUGUCUUCUCUCUCAGCAUUUUUCAAGACUUCACCCACAAAAGCUGCAACUUGAUGCACUGACUUUCUUUCUCCUUAACGUAGGCAAGACCACCUGAUGUUAAUGUGAACUAGUUAUGAAUUCUGAGAAUGAACAAGGAGUUGGGAGAGAGGACAUCCCGUAGAUAAACAGCAUCUCAUGCACCUGACACCAUUUAGUAAUAGUGUCAAUUGACUGCUGUAUUGAUGUGGGACUAGCCUUAGUGCAGUCCUGAGCCAAAACUGGGUUCCACAGAGUUCUAACAAGUCAGUCAAUGGUAACUCUUAUCUUUAGUACAGAGGUAUGCCCCACUGAGACUCACAUGUGCGAUGUGAGGGCUUGAUCCACUUUGGGUCCAUAUUUAAGGUGUGGAUGGUUGCAAGCUGCUAUGUCAUACACAAAUCAGAUAGAGCCACCAGCUCCUGACACAUUGUCAAAAUCUCUAUGGUGAGCAAAGCAUGCCUGUGCUUGCAUGGGAGAUUGAAGGGGAUAUUUAAUAUUAGCUACAUACUGACAAAUCUUUUUCUUUUCUCCAUUGUAGAAGAAAGAUGGGGUUGCAUGGCAGCUGGGAUGCAGUAGAGGUUGUUUGGGUUAUUGCUCUCCAGCAUUAUUACAGAAGGUGUUUUGUCUCAUUAAGAAACUUCAGAUCUGCACUGAUUUACCCAAUGAAAAAUGAAUUUUGCCUUUUCAGUGUUUUUAUGAGUGUCACUUCAGUUUACAUUUUUUUGUGUGUUGGCUGACAAAAAAAAUUAAGUGGUGAUGUGGGGAGAAGUAGGAUAUAAGACAUUUUCUUCGCUGUGAGAAAUGUUAACCAAAUUAUAUUAAAGUGAACUCCAUUUGCUGGAUUAAUGUGUAUGGAAUUGCUGAAAUGCCAAGUUUUCUGUAUAGGUGUUUUUGUAAUUAAACUUUUAGACUUUCUUUGUUUAAGAAGAUGAUAUGCUUGCUUGACAUUUGCUUCAUUAAAACUGUUCAACAUUGAA